UCAAAUGUCAAUUUAUGGCAGUGACAGAUUGUUGACCAAAGUCGCAAAAGAUUUCCUGCAUGUAAAAAAGGGUUUUUGGGGAGUAUUUUCAUAAAACAAUGGGAAACGCGGGGAGUAACCAACCCAAAGAAUGGCACAGAGAUGCUGUGACGAAGGCACCCGAUGUCGGACCGUCAUCGCCAGUUAAAGAAGGAGAAGCAUUUACAUUUGAUAAAAAGGUUGACGAUGAUCGUAGUGGUCGAGAUGACGAAAAUAACAUUGAAGAUGGUGCACCCUAUUAUACCAAGGCUGUUCCUGAAAGUGAUGUUGAAUACAGUGGUACACGCGAGAGGUCGAACACAUUGACUGAAGGCAGUAAGAUUAUUGACGAUGUCAAAGUUUUACCAACUGUAUUUAAAUGGGAAGGAGGAGGAAAACAAGUGUACAUUAGUGGUACAUUCACUGAUUGGAAAACAAUUCCUAUGGUUAAGUCCCAUGGAGACUUUGUUACGAUAAUUGAUUUACCUGAAGGUGAACAUCAAUACAAGUAUUUUGUUGAUGGAGAAUGGCGACAUGAUCCUACUGUGCAGAAGGUAGUGGAUAAUGGAAUGGGUAGUAAAAAUAAUUUGGUUACAGUAAAAAUGUCAGAUUUUGAGGUUUUCCAAGCACUUGCAAAGGAUAGUGAAGGGAUUCACAGCAGUGCCCAAACAGAAUAUUCUCAGGAGAUACCACAGUCCAAACCAUGGGAAAAAGUUUCAGGUCCACCUAUUCUACCACCUCACCUUUUACAAGUAAUAUUGAAUAAAGAUACUCCACUAUCAUGUGAACCAACUUUGUUACCAGAACCAAAUCAUGUGAUGUUGAAUCACCUGUAUGCAUUGUCUAUCAAAGACGGUGUUAUGGUAUUAUCAGCGACACACAGAUACAGGAAGAAGUAUGUUACCACACUACUGUACAAGCCCAUAUAAUUUUAAACUUGUGAUCUGAGGUAUUAUAUUAUUCACAAGCCACAUAAUUUCAGUAUUCAAUUUACCAUUGCAUAAUAAUUAUUCACUUGCCCGCAAAAUUGCAUUCUUAAAUCUUCAAAGUACUUUUUACAUACUAAGUUUAAUGUUAACCAGCUAAUAUUUGGCACUAAAUGCUUCCAGUUGAAAUAAUGAUGUAGAUACAAAUCUUGGUUUUGAAUGGCAACCUUCAAAGUUUUAGUAUUAUAAUUAUUUUGUUAUGUUUGUUAGUUAAUACUGUUUGCGAGUUAGUAACUCAGAACUAUGGCCUUAAUGGGAAAUAACAAUAGUGUGGGACCCAGUUACUUUGAUCCAGAAGUUUCAAAUACAUAUUAUGAUGAAUACAAUGGUUACUUACUGUAUGUGUAUAUAAGAUCAAGUCAAGAGUGUAGUUGUGAUAGACAACAGUUUGACAAAUCAUUUAUAUAAAUAUUAUUACAUAUUUCUAAGUGCAGCCAGAUGUGAUAAUGUACUACUUGUUUUAAAUUAUUAUUGACUUGUUGUGAUUGUAACUAUUAGUUAGGUAUAAAUUUAAUGUGCUUUGCAAAGGUAAUUAUGUAAACAUUAGUGUGUAAAUAAAAGGUCUAUAUAAAA